CUCCCACUAACAGAGGAGUGACACGCCAUUCAAGAGCUGCCUGGCCCUGUGCAGAGAGUGAGCACAGCGAGCUGACUGAACAUCUCACCAUCUGGAAGGAGAAAAACCGUGUAGAGGAAGCGAUUGUUAGCAUAAAACCGCGCCGCUAUGCCGAUCCGAAAGAAGACCAACAAGAACCCGCCGGUGUUGAGCCACGAGUUUGUCAUCCAGAACCAUGCAGAUAUUGUUUCCUGUGUUGCUAUGGUGUUCCUCCUCGGGCUGAUGUUUGAGGUCACCUCAAAGUUUGCAGUGAUAUUCAUUACUGUCCAGUACAAUGUGACCAUCUCAACAAACGACGGCCCGGAGGAGACGGCGGUGAACCACUUCCACCACGGCAUCAAGGACUUGGCCACGGUUUUCUUCUACAUGCUGGUGGCCAUCAUCAUGCACGCCAUCAUCCAGGAGUAUGUGCUGGAUAAAAUCAACAGGAAGAAGCACUUCUCCAAAACCAAGCACAGCAAGUUCAACGAGUCGGGCCAGCUCAGCGCCUUCUACUUGUUCUCCUUCAGCUGGGGCACGAGCAUCCUGCUUUCUGAGAACUUCCUGUCCAACCCCGUUUCUCUGUGGAAGGGUUAUCCUCACACACUGAUGCCAUUCCAGAUGAAGUUUUUCUUCAUUUGCCAGCUGAGCUACUGGCUGCACUCUCUCCCAGAACUUUACUUCCAAAAGACAAAGAAAGAGGAUAUUCCACGUCAGCUCGUGUACAUCUCCCUGUACCUGGUCCACAUCGCUGGCGCCUACGUUCUGAAUCUGAACCGUCUGGGCCUGGUUUUGCUGGUGCUGCACUAUUUUGUGGAGCUGCUGUUCCACGUUUCCCGCCUGGUCUACUUUAGCAACGAGAACAGACAAAUGGGUUUCACCGUUUGGGCUGUCUUGUUUGUCCUCGCGCGGCUGCUCACCCUGUCCCUGUCUGUCCUCACCGUGGGCUUUGGCCUCUCCACGGCUGAGAAUCAAGGCUUCGAUUUGGCUGCUGGGAACUUCAACAUUUUCUUUGUUCGCAUCACCGUCCUGUCAGCCAUCUGCUGCACACAAGCCUUCAUGAUGUGGAAGUUCAUCAACUUCCAGCUCCGUCGAUGGAGAGAGCACUCUGAUGCCCAGAGCUUGAAAAAGAAACAAGCUCCUUCCAAGGGCAAAUCGAAGAAAGACAAAGUCAACGGUGUAAAUGGAGUGAACUUUCAUGGCGCCGAUUCACCAAGAUCAAGAAAAGAGAAAUCAUCAUAAGAAGAACAAAAACAUUCCCGAGUCUCACCCCCCAUCCAGAUAACCGCACCUAUCUCAAAGAACCACCUCUUCUGGGGCCUUCAUGGCCGUGUCCAGCUGGCAACUUGACCUCCAUCAUGUGCGUUUCUUAACUCCCUCACAGGACUGCCCUCCCAGCUGGAAAUCCCAGGAACAUUUCAAGCGUCACCUGUCACUUCUGAAUCUCUGCCCCUGCCGUUCCAUUGUGAAUAAAAAAAAAUAUUACCUGAUUAAAAUGAGGGAAAGAAGACCUUAUUUAAGAAGUGCCUGUUGAUAUAGAUUGUUUUUGUACAAAGUGUGUAAUUUUCAAACUUCAGGAAUGAUCACCUCACUGUUUCUCCCAAUUCAGGUCAUGUGAUGCUUUUCCUCAGAUGCUGUGCAUUCCACUUUAUUUCCCUUCUUGCCUUGUAUUUAUAAUCGUUAAGUCUUUGCAGCUGACUCUCCUUCCUGAAGGAUUUUUGCAGGUAUUUAGUUUUUUUCUUCCUCAAAUGAAGUACACUCUAGUAGGCUAACCCUUGUCCUUUAGAGAUGACAUCAUAGAUUUUGAUGACCACAUUUUGACCAUACCAUGCCGCAAUCUUCUAGUUUUCUAUCAUAGCUUAUUAAUUGUGUAUAAAAGAAAGCGAGGAAAUCUGGAGCCACUAUUUUGUAACGUGUAAGUACAUUUACUGUUCAGUAUUGUACAGAACUGCUGGCAAAGAUUUAGUAACCCGUUGUAGCAUUUAAUUAUUGGAGUUUAGAGCAGCUUUGGUAUCACAAUAGAUGAUGAAUUCACACCAUUGCUGCUGUAUUAAUAAUAAUGUCGAUGACAGUUUGUGCUUUUUAGGUUUCAGUAACUUUGUAUGAAAAGGAAAUGAGCAACAACUGUCAUUUUAGACUGAAUGUGUAGUCUGCUGGUCUCUUUAAUGUCUUAAAUGGAAUGGUUUUGAUGUACGUUUGGUCUUGAGAUUGCCGCUUAGCUUGAAAAUGUCUGCAAGAAAGGUUUGUUGUAAACGCAUGGACUGCAAAUGGAAUAUUCCUUCCCCAUUACCCAGUAUUGACUGUGCCAAAUGAGCCUAGUCGACUGUCGCUGACUGUAUGCCAUAAACUUAUAGAGACCACUCAGCUGUGCAUAGACACUCUGUUAUCUUGGGGGUUAUCCUGUAAAAUAAAAAGACCUGGUUUGAAAAAUAACACCAAAAGUUCA